AUGGUGAGGACACUCCCCUUCGCCGACCUGCAGGUCCCUGUGCCCGGGUUUGGCGCCAUGGGCCUUAAUUCCUCCAUGGGGACAGACUUCAACUUUGAACAGUCCGAGCCCGUGCUUAUGAAGCCCUUGAGCUCGGCUGCACCUUUUGGGAUACUGCCGUUAGUGGCCUACAAGAAUGGCGAGAACGAAAAGUUGAUUGGUGAAUUUGUUAAGAAGCACAAUGUCCGUGAUAAAGUCUUCGUUGCUUCAAAGUGUGGAUUUGAUGUCUUUGGCCCCGAGCGCAAGGUGACCAACUCGGCUGCCCACAUCAGGGAAUAUAUUGAGGGAACGAUUGAGAGGCUUGGUUUCACCCCGGAUCUAUACUAUCUUCACAGAAUCGAUCCAAGUACACACCCCGCUAGAGAGUCCAUUGGCGCCCUGGACGAGCUCCGUCGAGCCGGAAAGACAAAAAACAUCGGCCUCUCUGAAUGCUCUGCUGCAACCCUGCGCAAGGCAAACGCCAUUGCGAAAAUUGACGCCGUCCAAGCCGAGUACUCAGCGUUUGAAACCCUGCACGAGACGGCUGGGUUGAUCGAGACGGCAAAGGAACUGGGUGUCGCCUUUGUGGCAUUUAGCCCCCUGGGCCAUGGUUGGCUCGUGGAUAAUUUCGACUACAAGUCCCCCGAAGACUUUGCGCGUACCGACUUUCGAACCACUGUACCCAAGUUCCAGGGCGAAAACUUCUACAAGAACAAGGCUAUCGUCGAUGAGAUCAAGAAGUUGGCUGUUCAGAAGGGUUGCUCUGUCGCGCAGAUCGCUUUGGCCUGGGUUGCUGCGCAAGGCUUGAUUACGAUCCCAGGGACGACCAAGGCCUCGCGCUUGACGGAGAAUUGGGCAUCGCGUGAUAUUGAACUCACCAGGGAGGAGAUGAAUCAAAUGCGCGAGAUUGUGGACGCGGCGAAGCCAGUUGGAGAGAGGUUUGCUCCAAUUUUCCAGUCCAUGGUUGGGCAUUAG